AUGACUUUAAACUUACUGCAAACCAUUUAAAUGACAAGCUUUAUUUUUACCAUUUACUUGGUCCCAUAAUCAGAUCUUAUUCUUAUUGUAAGUGCUGAAACGCCUUAAAAUAAUUUAAAACUUACUAUGUAUAAUUUUAACUAAUAAAGUAACCAAAUAUAAUAUUCUCAAACCUAGCUCAAUAGCCAAACAAGUAACACCACUUAAAUCUAUUCUUUUGGCCGCUUAUUGAUUUUCUGUACUACAAAUUAUGUUGAGUCUUACUAAUUUUCUGCUGAUUAUUCUUAAUUAGAAUUUAUACAAUAGCUAUAAUAAGUAAAUCCUCAGUUCUGUGCCUCAUCAAAAUUUAAUUAAAAAAGUAUAUUUAUCAUAGCACAAAAUGCAGUGACUUCUUAAGUUUUAUCUAAAUUCACUGUAAAGGUUAAUAAAAUUGAUUUGCUUAUUGAAUACCCUGAAAUUUAAAUGUUAUUAGAGUUGAAAAGUUAUGGAUUAGCUUAUAUUUACAACACUGUUUCAAAGAAAAUAGUGAACUAAGUAAGAAUAUGGUAUCCAAUCAGCGAGCUAUCAACAUAAUUACUCUACAAUUACAAUAUUUUGCCAGACGGAACAUAUUUAUUUACUGGCUUUGAAAUGUAUACCUUUAAAAUCAAGAUAAUUAACAUGAAAACUUUAGAAAUAAUUUAUGCGCAGUCUUUCCCUGAAAUUAUUGUAGAUUUGAGUAAAAUCAACUAUGUAUUGUAGCCAUUCUAUUAUCCAAAUUCUGGGUCUAUAGUUGCUGUUAUAUAAUACUAUAAAUAAAUUACAGAUACUUAAAAAAAUUUCCUAUUCUUAUUUUUUUCAAAAAGUAUUGACUAAAUUAGUUCUAACAAAUAUAAGUUAUAGAAGAGUUUAUAAAGUUUUGCCACAAAUUACAUUUAAACUAUUUCUGUAGAAUAUUUAAUUAUUUUUUACCUGACUUCAACCUAAUAUUACACAGCAUACUUUUACGAUUUAUAGGGAAGAAAAGUUUUAACUACUCCAAAUUAUAAGUAAAUAGAUCCAAAUUUUUCAGGUAAAGAAAACUAAUAAACUUAACAAGCAUUAAUAUCUAGUUAUAAUGGUUUAUAUUUUUAUAACUUAACAACUCUUACUUAUACAGUCUACCCUUUCUAAUGUGCAGCAAGCAUAUAUUUCUCGUAAAACUUUUAAUAUUAUUAUACUCAAUCUGCCUGCUCAACUUAAUAGGAUGGAGUUUUUACUUAUUCUAAUAACACAUUGAUAAGUUAAGGAAUAUAGCCAAGAAACAAAUAUAUAUACAUUUAUAAACCUAACAAUGAUAGCUAUUUAGUAAUAGUUACAAAUACAGCAAAUCAGCUUUUUUAUGAUAAUAUAAGAUAAUAAUUAUUUACGAAGCCUUCAAUAUAUGGAUCAAAUUAAGAUGCAAUGACAGAAUAAGAUGAAGUUAUUUUUUUUAAUAAUUAAGCAACUACUCAUUAUGAUUUAAAUACCUUCAACUUAAUUUACGCAGAAAUGGUGGAUUAUACAAUUAGUAGAUCAUUUUUACUUUAGACAUAGUUUCUGAGGUACAACUAUAUUAUAACUUCUUCAUUUAAUUUAGUCUAAGUGAAAAAAAUCAAAUAAAUUAUGAUUUAGACAACUAAAUCAAUAAAUAAAAACUAAUCUUAUUUUAUUGAUUUUGUAAGUGAUCUAAACUAUGUGGUUGAAAUACUUCCUUAAUCUAUUAAUAUUUACAAUUCAUUAAAUAAUUAACUUUUAUAUUCUGUGAUUCCUCAAGAAACUAUAGAAACAUUCUACCCAUCUUAUCAUAAUUUUGCGAUAUAAGAAUUAUUUACAAGACAAAUUCUUUAUUAUUAACCUAAUAAUUUAAUUGUUGUAGUUUAUUAUUUAAGCUUGAUUUGUAUCGAUGCAACAACUUUUUAAGUGGUAAUUUUAUAUGCACUAGAAAAUUCAUAUUUAUUAUUAUUUUAUAUAAGCUAUAUUAAUACAAGUAUCAGUUACCAAAUUAGAGUUUCAAAGCGAUUUAGCUUGAUUGGAAGAGAGGCUAUCUUAUCUCAACAAACUUAGAUGAAGACUGCAUCUUAGAUAUGA